AUGUCAAACGUAUCUACGCCUACCCUAAGCUCCUCGGAACUGGGGCGCUCACCCACCGUGAUCCGUGUGAAUGACGAGAAUUUUAAUAUUCAGUCCACCCAGCGAAGAAUCAUGAUUCGCAGGCUCAAGAAAGCCCUGUUAGAUCAAGAAGUCCCUGUCCCAUUCUGGGCCAUUGUUCAGCUGUGCGACCUCGAGAAGCUUGAAUCCUUUAUUCAAAUCGCAUACCUUUCGCUGAGAAUGUUGGAUAUCUUGGCUGAUCUCUCUUGUGGUCUUCCAUUCAUGUGGACGCUGAAACCUUCUCCUUCCCAGUUAGAUACAGCAUUGUCGCCUACCACGUUCAGCCCGCGGCAACAUAUUACCCCUGUGGCAAUAUAUGCGGCCAGAGAGCGAGAUGGAAACAAGUGUGUCAUUACCGGCACCCGCAAGGUCUACCAAACCGUUCCAAUCUUCCCAACUAGCUUGAUCAGCUCCCGCUUGCAGGAUGACCCGUCUUCUCCUACCAUUUGGAGGUUCGCGGAUAUGUUCUGGGGACAGAGCAGAACUCAGCGAUGGAGACGUGCUGUUUUCAACGACCCAUAUUCGCCCCAGAGCUUUGUCAAUGAUUGCUCUAAUCUGAUCUGUCUUCGCAGAGACAUUCGGUCUGCAUGGACAUCCGGUUUGUUCGCCCUUCGCCCCGUCUGGAUCUCUGAGGAUAUGACUGAAAUGGAGCUCGAGUUUUACUGGCAGCCAAAGCCAGGCUACACUCUCCACGACGCGGUUGAUUUGACCAUGCUGCCUAUCUCUUCCAAGAAUGUCGACAGCGUGGAUAAACUCGUUGUGGCUGUCGGAGUGCGAGGUGAACCAUCUUAUGGCCUCAUUAAAUCCGGCCACCGCUUUAGAAUGACAACGGACGACCCCGUACUGAGACCACUUCCAAAUUUCGACUUGCUGGACAUGCAGUGGCAUUUUAAUCGACUGAUCUCUUUGUCCGCUGCCGGCAGUCUCUUUGAUGACAAUGACGAGGAUUACGACGACAGCUCAUCCAUGACUACUGAAACGAAGGGGAAGCAGAAGCAGCCUGCCGAACUGGAAAAUGAGGACGAGGUUCUGGAUUGGAUCAAUUCCCCGUUUUCAUCUGAUUCCCCCGGAGUAGAAUACGUCGAGGAUAUCAGGGCAUCGAUGAUUGGCCCCCUACCAGGGGAGUUCAGCGAGCGCAGCGAGUCCAGUGAGUUCAGCAAGUGCAGCAAGUCUAGUGAGUGCAGCGAGCCCAGCGAGUUCAGCGAGUCCAGCAAACCCGGCAAACGGAGCAAGUCCAGCGAGUGCAGCAAGUCCAGUGAGUGCGGUGAAUCCAGCAAAUCCAACAAACGGGGCAAGUCCAGCGAGUCCAGCGAGUGCAUCGAGUGCAGCGAGUUCAACAGGUUCCUCGGGUUCGGAAAGUUCAGAAAGCUUUUAUCAUGUGGUGUCUCAAACUGGCCAUCUAUCCCUUGA